AACUAUAAAUAAAUUGGUUUAUAUAUAUAAUAUAAUGAAUAAGUAGAAAAGUAGCAAAACUGCACUCAGCCGUUGCUAUUAGUCAUUGCAAACAGGAGAAAUUUUGUAGAAACAUUCAGAAACAUUAUCGAUAGAAAUAAUACAUGUAAUUAUUUUUUAGUUUGAGCGGUAGACCUCAUCAAGUCAUCAGUAAUGCAGAUUCUAAAUACUGGUAUUCCUGGGAAUUUUGUAGAAAAUCUGAUUAGCUUUAAAUGAUUCUGAGGCAUGACUAAAUCAUUUCCUAAAGUCUCAUUUUAUUCGUUAGGUUGCGUUAUCCGUAAAAUAUGAUGAAUACCAAUAAUAUUCAGCACGAUAUAAAAUCUAGCUCGAAAAACUUGGACGAAGAUGGACUUGUAAUGUUAUUUAAAGACAUAUUCGGAGUAAAUUCUCAAAAUAAAUUUCCAAAUAAUUUCGAUACCUGGACCGUAAAAAAGCAAUGCGACUGGAUAAUAAAAAACAUAGCAGAAUUCUUCCCAAACAUGCCGCAGUCUUUACAGAGCAUUAUUCCAGCUGCCUUUUGCCAAUUAGAUAAUGACCGAACCUUGGAGAAAUUACCUGAAUGGAUGGAUAUGGAUAAAUAUCGCAGGGGACAAAAAUUUGUCCAGAAAAAUUACACCGCGAUCACCAUAUCCAAAGUAAUGGGCCUGAUGUAUAUUUAUACGUUUCAAGAAGAACUGAAGCCAAUUAUUUUGGGAGCACAUAGCCAUACGCCGUAUUUAGCAUUCCAAAGGUAUCUUUUUAAAAUAUUGUAUUUAUAUAUAAACAUAUAAAAAAAAGUAGAUAAAUAU